AUGGUGUGCGCCAAGUGCCAGAAAAAGCUCAAGUCCACUGAGCUCGCCACGCCGGGCGUCAAGCGCAAGAAUGAUAUGUACUACGGCUCUCCGUCUACCACGCUAGGCGGUUCCUCGGCGGCUGGUGCGGCGAAGGGCAAAUCCACUCUGGGUAACACGGGUAUUGGCAAGAACAAACUUCUCAGCGCGAAGGCGAAGAAUCCUUAUGCGGCUUAUGCUUCGUCUUGUGAGACGUGUAAGACGAAGACGGAGGCUGGGAAGAAGUACUGCCAGCGAUGUGCUUAUCAGAAGAAUGCCUGCCCGAUGUGCGGCAAGAGUAUGUCUGGCAAAUCAGCCAAGGACCAGCCUGUUGUACAAGGCCAGAAGUUCAAUUUGAAGUGA